CUGUGGAAUUAAACAUAGAGAAAACUGUGCCAGUAGAGACCACGUCUGAAGAAACACAAAAAAACGAAGGUGAAAGUAGAUUGCAGGCCAAACAAAAACUAAGGUCUGCAAAGGCUGUAGUAGACGAUAGUAAGAAUGAGAAACAGCAACUUAGCUGUGAGGUAUCAAGUCCAUUAGAAACUCAAAGUGCUGUAAAGACUGACAUGCAAACACAGAUUAUGCCAUUAAGAAGUAAACAGGUUCUCCGGAAGAAGGCAGAAGGAAGUGAUGAGUCCGGGCCACAGAAACCAAAUGUAGCAUCUUUAGGAGACAGGUCUGCAAGUGGAGAUGAUAGCAGUUCUUCCAUGUCAGAGAAACCCACAAGAAUGCCAUUAAGGAGUGAGAGUAGUAAGCCUGAAAUGUCAAACCAGUCUGUUACUCAGUCACCACAAAUGGACAACAAGAAAUUAGCUUUGAGAUCACAAAGACUGGCUGCACCUUCUACCAGUGCUGAGGCUGGAAGACAGAGUGACGUAGCCUCCCCUAUCAAAAAAAUGCCAGAAAGAAUAACUAAAGCUCAGCUGAAGGCCCCUACAGUGUCAUCUGUUGCAUCUGGGUUGCCACACAGCUCAGCUCUCCCUAUCAUUACGCCAAGACACGAGCCCCCAAAACAAACUAACACAUUCUUUGAGACUCUGACAGGAGAAGAAAACCAACAUCUCAUUUCAAAUCUGAACAUUAAGUAUGAUAAAAUGCAAAAAGGUUGGGUGCAAAUGGACAAAGAGGGUCAGCCAACGACAAAAUACAAAAACAAAGCAGACAGACAGGCAGCUAUAUGGAAAAGUAAACGCAGGGCACGAAAAACGAAGUCUUUAGAGCACCAGAAAUACUCGCCAGUCCAAAUGCUCUUCAUGAAAGGUUUUAAUCUCACCAGUAUUUGUCGUUGGUUCCUAGAAUCAACAGAAACAAAGUCCCUUGUCAUUGUCAAAAAGGUGAAUACACGUCUUCCAUCAGAAACUCAGCUCUGCUUCCACAGCUCGUCUAGUGCUUCAGGAACCUCUCAGGGGGUAUUUCCAAGCCUGCAGGCAGAGCGCCUAAAGAAACAUUUGAAAAAAUUUGCCAUUGCCUCCCCUGUAAAGAGCAACCCUAAGAGUCAGAAACUGAUUGCUAAAGCACUGGAGCAAGAAGCAUAUGCAGUCAAAGGGAAAGAGAGAAGAGAACUUCCAAGUACUACUCAGACUUUGAGUAAGUCACGGUCCUCCAAAGCCCGUGUACAGAUAGGCGAAUCCCAGAAAUCCUCUGGUAAAUCAAAGAAUCCAGCUAGUGCAAGGAUAUUGAGGAAAUAUUCUAAUAUUCGAGAGAAGAUGCAGGUUCAGCAAACCAAUGUUAGACGGAAAGAGGCCUCAAAAACCUUAAGAACAAACAGUAUGAAAAGACUGGCCACCACAAAGUCUGCCGCUAAGUCAAAUCUAAAAUCAUCUCUGAAGGCACACAAAUCACCCAUCCCUGUCAGUAGACAAAUGAAAGCUGCAAAAAUGGAAGGAAGGAAAACAUUGGCCGGUAGAAAAACUACAAAGCAUCCUGUUCAAGGGAAGGCAGUCAAGGCUCAGGGUAGUAGCAGAGCUUCAAGAGAUGCAAUUAAAAAAGAAUUGCCAAAGAGAUGUUCUGAGCGACUAGGGUCUCCCAAAACAUCUGAACACAAACCCAUUGACGCAUCUAAAAGCAAGGCCGAUUAUAAAAAGCAAACUGAAGCAGAGAAAGUAGAGGCGGAUAAACCUGCUUUGAAUAAAGUGAAUGCUGCAAAAAUCCAAACAAAGGAAUCAUUACAAACUACAGUCGCUGAUAUCAAAGGUACCGAGAAUGUUGUUGAAACCCCACAGCAGAGCAUGGAGGUCAAGGUUCCCACCUCACCUGACCAGGUACUAACAAGAUCCCAGAGAAAAAUGGAGGCGGCAGUCCCUUUGACUGGGAGCCCUAGUAAUGCUUCAAAGAGGGCCACAAAGUACAUGAAAACAAAAACUGCAUCUCCUAAAUCAGGCAGGAAAGCUGAAGAACCUGCGCUGACAAGAAGCGGGGCAUUAAAGAGUCCUGCAAAGAGAAGUCAGGCAGCCUUGCUGCCACGCAGUGCAUCAAAAUCAGCUACCAAGAGAGCUCGGGAGCUUUUAGAGACCCCAGCUAAGCGCACCAGGACAUCACUCUCAAAGUAAAAUGGACCUGUAGAGAGAGAUCAGGUCUAUUUAGAAGAGUUUUGUGAUUUUCUUUUAUCUGGAAUGUAUUCAGAAGGACCAGAAGUAUCUAUUUUCUACUCUCACCAAACUCUGCAGAAGAUACCUUUUUCAGUAGGCAAAUAUGUGAAGAAGGAACAGAUUUUGAAAGUCAUUUAUGCUUUUGUAAAGCUUCCGUGUGAACAUGCAAAUGUGAUGGAUUAUUUGUGAGCAUUUGCUCUUUGUUCAGGGACUACACACGAGUCCUACAUGAUGUCUAGCAGAUGUAGUUGCUGUUUGGCUUUAUGUUUCAGCACUCUAUGACACGGCUGGAGAUAACAAUAGCCUAUCAAACCUCAUUUUAAUAGGAUAAACAUCAAGCUUUGAAUCAGUUAUCAAGGUGACAUUAAAUCCAUUCACGUUUCCUUUUUUUUGCCAUUUUGUAUAUAGUUAUUGUUUUAGAUGAUGGCAUGCAUUUAAAUUUACUGUUCUAAGAGCUUGCUAUGAGAAGGGAGAUUAGCUGUUGAAUAAAAUUUUUACUUACAGUAAGUAGGCAGCUUGUAUCUCCAGCCUGUCUUCCAAUCGCAACAUUGUGAAUAUGUGACUGUUGUGACCAGGUGCCUUAUUUAUGAAAUGUAAAGUAAUAGAAUGAGUAAAAUGUGAAAAUUCCUGUCCUUUAGUUAUAACAGCUUUCAAUUGCUGGAGAGGCAGUCAAUGUUUAUUUGCUUCACAAAGUGUGUGCGCAAAUAGUUUCCGUUCCAUACAGUAUGUGCAUUGUGCUUCAUCUGUAACUUCUUAUGUUGACUGAGGCAUUCAGAUGUUCUGAUUUACUUACUUACCUGACAGGUGUAUUUUCAUAUUCCCAUUUACCCAGACCAUUAACUUAAAAUUGUUCUUAUUAUAGUUGUAUUAGACGUUAAAACAAAUACGUGUCUGAACUGUUAAAACAGACAAGCGUGCUCUGUAUGUGACAAGUUUGUAAGUUUUAUGUUGUUUUAGGUCAGUUUUCAUCACUGUGUACCCCUGCAGUCACUUCUGACCAUUGCAUCCAUUGUUCUCUGCUCAUAAUAGUGACUUCACUUUGAGUAUUUUACCUGCUUCUGCAUGUGUUAAGUCUUGUUAAUGUGGAGACAGUUUCUGAAACUCUAACAUUAGCGCUGCUGCCUUCCAAGAACUGAAACACAGAACUAUAUUUAUGCCCUUGAUUUUUGGAUAUACUAAUCCCAUUCAGUGCCCGUCAAAAAGCUGUACUGACUGAGAUGACUGAUGGAAAUAUUGUUGACAAAGUGAUACACAAGCCAGUAUCCCCAACGACAAAGGCCUGAAAAGAAUGUAUAUUUGGUUGGUUAAUAUGAAUGAAGUUUAUGGCCUCUUUAAGCAUUAAUGGCUCAUUACAGGGUGAUAAAUCCUUUCCUGAUUAUUCACAAGUUGGAUACAACGUUUUGGGGGUAGUCUAGUCAGAGUUGUGUAUCCAAGUAUGUUGCAGUUUUAUUAUGUUGUUAUUUUUUAUUGUCAUUGACUGUCAGGCAGAUGUUCUCAUAAUGUGAAGUUUCGUUACUUCCACAGUAGUAACUUACAUUAGUGUGUUGUCAAAACAAAAAUACAUUUUUUAGCACAGUGUUAUUUUUUUUUUUUUUUUUAUGGUUAUUUCUCUUUAGAGGAUAAAUCAUCUUUAAAUGCAAAACAUGUCUGUCAUGUUUUUAUUGUUAUUUAAGAACUCUGUGUAGGCUAAUGAAUUUCACAAAUCUAAAACAGCCCACCAAAUAUCAGACUUGAACAUGUUUAUUCUUUACAGUUGCUAUUUAAAGAUUUUGAUUUUGUAUAUUAGAAAGAAAUAACUGCUUUAUUUGUGGUAAUCCCAAGAAUGAUACAUCUUUAUGUUAAGAACUUUGUAUUUUUGCUGGAGUUGAUAUAAAGAUGUUCGAAUUUUA